AACUAAUUCCGCAGAAAAAGAAGACAGAGAGGUGGCAAAUAUGAAGUGGAGGUGAGAGACGGAAAGCAAAGAUAGUCACGAGAAUCAGUGGCAAGUCUUAAAGAAAUUGAAUCCUCAAAGACCUUAGCUUUUAGGGUUUUGAGCUCUGAUUUUCUCUUUAUCCUAGUCUCUUUUUUUUGUCUAUCUCUAUCUUUCUUCUUAGAUUUGGCCUUUCUCUCCUCAUAAGAUCCUCGUGAUUCCACUUUAACGCCUCCUUUUUAGAAAAGUCUCUGCAAAUUAUUCAUAGUAUUAUAUCUCUCCGUUUCUCUCGCCUUGUCUGCUUUUGAGGUUUCAUUUUCCCACCUUCUCCAAAGUUUGCAACUUUUUUCAGUGAAAGAGCUAUGAACGGCGACGGAGUUUGGCUCGACGGCGCCGGACAACGGUCUCCUGCGGCAAACGACGGCGGAGAUAACGAUGAAUCUGCGUCGUGGGUCAGAAACCCAGAAGAAAACUGGUUCAAUAACCCACAACCACCACCAAAUCCACACGAUUCUCAAAUCCUCCUCCAUAGCAACCAAAAUGACUUCAGAUUCAAUGGUGGGUUCCCGUUAAAUCCUUCAGAGAAUCUGCUUCUCCUUCUUCAGCAAUCGAUUGAUUCCUCUUCUUCUCCGUUGCAACCUCCCUUCACACUCGACGCUGCUUCACAACAACAACAGUCUUUCUUAGCUACAAAAGCUUGCAUCGCUUCUCUCCUCAGCGUCCCCACCAGCAGCAACAACAACAACAACAAUCCUUUUGAUGAAUUCGGCUUCGAUUCUGGGUUUUUAGGACAAAUCCAUGGGAAUCAGACUCCAAUCUCGAUGAAUUUCGCUGGUAUGAGUUCACGGCCGGAAUUCCUCUCUUCCCGGCCGAUUCCUCCGCCGGGAAACAUCACCGGAGGUAAUGGAUUCAGUCCUCUGGAAUUCGAAGGAGUCGCGAAUGGCGUUUUCGAGAACAGAGCUAAGGUUCUGAAACCCUUAGAGGUAUUGGCUUCAUCAGGCUCGCAGCCGACACUGUUCCAGAAACGAGCUGCAAUGCGUCAGAGCUCGAGUAGCAAAUUGUGCAAUUCAGAGAGUUCUUCUGAGAUGAGGAGAUCGAGCUACGAGAGAGAGGUCGACGACACUGGUACUGGAAUCAUCGACAUCUCUGGGUUGAAUUACGAAUCUGAUGAGCAUAACAAAGGCAAGAAGAAAGGAAUGCCUGCUAAGAACUUGAUGGCUGAGAGAAGAAGAAGAAAGAAGCUUAAUGAUAGGCUUUACAUGCUUAGAUCAGUUGUUCCCAAAAUCAGCAAAAUGGAUAGAGCAUCUAUACUUGGUGAUGCCAUUGAUUAUCUCAAAGAGCUCUUACAGAGAAUCAACGAUCUUCAUACCGAACUCGAAUCUACUCCACCGAGUUCUUCAGGCUUGCACCCGUUAACACCGACCCCACAAACGCUAUCUUACCGUGUUAAGGAAGAGUUAUGUCCAUCCUCCUCCUUGCCAAGUCCUAAAGGCCAGCAAGCAAGAGUUGAGGUUAGAUUAAGAGAAGGAAAAGCAGUGAACAUUCACAUGUUCUGUGGACGUAGACCAGGUCUUUUACUUUCCACCAUGAGAGCUUUAGACAACUUAGGAUUGGAUGUUCAACAAGCCGUGAUUAGCUGUUUCAACGGUUUUGCUUUGGAUGUUUUCCACGCUGAGCAAUGCCAAGAAGGCCACGACAUGAUGCCUGAACAAAUCAAAGCAGUGCUUUUAGACACAGCAGGUUACGCCGGUUUGCUUUGAUUCCCACUUCGUUUGCGGAAACAGAGGGAAAGCAUAUGUGUGGAACAGAGCUUAUAUAGAUCUAAUCCCUUUUCUUUUUACUCAGCAAUUUUCUUACUUAGUUUCAUUAAUCUUAAUUAUGUCUUGCUGAUGAAUUUUUGUUUUAGUAGCUUUGAAAAAAAAACAUGUGUUUGGGUGCAUAACUGCAACCUUAGCAAAAUAUUAAAUGUCAUUGUUUCUCAAA